AUGGAGUUUUUUCAAGUCUUCAAUAGUCUUCAAAGUAAAUUGCUGAAUUUAACUUUGGUUCAACUACCAAAACGUCAACAAUAUACAUUGAAAGAUGUAUCAGCACAUUGCACGGAAACAGAUUGUUGGAUGGUUAUCCGAGAUCGCGUUUACGACCUAACAGACUUCAUGCAAGAGCACCCUGCCGGUUCUGAUAUCAUGCUUGAGUACGCUGGAACAGAUGCAACCAUGGCGUUUGCUGACAAACCUCACAGUUUGGAUGCGUGGCUUGUACUAGAAAAAUAUAUCAUAGGCGAAUUGGUACCUGAAGAACGGAUGUUCGACGAUAGCGACUAUUCAUCUUAG